ACGAGAUGUGAAAUGGAGAAAUACCUGGCACCUCAGCUCCCGCCCGUUCCCGUCAUUCCUGAACAUAAGAAAUACAGAAGAGACAGUGCCUCGGUUGUAGACCAGUUUUUCACCGACAGCGAAGGGUUGCCUUACAGCAUCAACAUGAACGUCUUCCUGCCUGACAUCAGCCACCUGAGAACUGGCUUGUACAAAUCUCAGCGACCCUGUGUAACCCACAUCAAGACAGAACCAUCUUCAGUCACCAUCUUCAGUCACCAGAACGAAACUACUGCCCCUGCCCCUGCUCCCACUCAGGCCCUCCCAGAAUUUACCAGCAUCUUCAGCUCCCACCAAACCCCUGACGUGAACAACAUUUUCAUCAAGCAGGAGCUUCCUACUCCAGAUGUCCAUCUUUCCAUCACACCCCAGCAAGGCCAGUUGUAUCAGCUCUUGAGCUCGCCGGAUUUAGACAUGCCCAGCAGCACUCCCCAGGCGGCCGUGAUGGACUCCCUCAGCAAUGUCUCCAUGCCCUCAGCCAUGGCGGGCCUUAACACGCUCUCCUCGGCUGUUCCACAGACUGCAAUGAAACAGUUCCAGGGCAUCGCCCCCUGCACCUACACCAUGCCAAACCAGUUUCUGCAGCAGCAGGCCACUUACUUCCCUCCUUCACCCCCAAGCUCAGAGCCUGGAAGUCCAGACAGACAAGCAGAGAUGCUGCAGAAUUUAACCCCUCCUCCGUCGUACGCUGCAACUAUAGCUUCCAAACUGGCGAUUCACAACCCGAAUCUACCAGCAACUCUGCCCAUAACCCCCCAGAACAUCCAACCUGUCAGAUACAACAGGAGAAGUAACCCAGAUUUGGAGAAAAGACGUAUCCACUACUGUGACUACCCAGGCUGCACAAAAGUUUAUACAAAGUCUUCUCACUUAAAAGCGCACCUGAGAACUCACACAGGUGAGAAGCCCUACAAGUGCACAUGGGAAGGCUGCGACUGGCGGUUCGCGCGCUCCGACGAGCUGACGCGCCACUACAGGAAGCACACGGGGGCCAAGCCCUUCCAGUGCGCCGUCUGCAACCGCAGCUUCUCCCGCUCCGACCACCUGGCGCUCCACAUGAAGAGGCAUCAGAACUAG